ACAGAACAGUUCCCGUUCCAUCUUAUCCUUUCCCAUCAAAUUCAGCCAUGGAAUUUUGAUGCAAAGCAUAAAAGAACCAUCUUUGUAGAAUUUUUACGCAAUCCUCAAAAGGGUUCUCGAUAUCAUCAGAAAUGGCGACCGCCCCAUUUCCCUCACACUCCUUAUCUGCUUACAUUCAUCAGCAGUCCUUAUCCAGGAUGGCAUUUAGAACCCCUUCUCCUUUUCUUCACGGGCUCAAGGGGUCUUUAAUGUAUUUUAAAGGAGAUAGAUGUGGUUUCAAUCUUAAAUCCAAUGGAGUCAUUCAACGUAAUAAGCCUAUGAUAUGUGCUAUGGCUGCAGACCAGUCAGGGGAUUCUGACAAAUUAAAUCUAGAGAGUGUAAUUGAAAAGGCAAGAAGAUUAUGGGAUAGUUCACCCCAGCCAGUCAAGGAAUUUCCUUGGAACAGGGCAUUCGAGAACUUCAUUCAACUCUUUCUCGAUCUUAUAUUGGCAGUUGUCAAAUAUUUAAGUGUACCUUUACUGGUAGUCACCUCCCUUAGUGAGAUGUCCUAUUGUGCCCAUGUAAAGAAGUUGCCUCUUGUUCCUGUUCCCCUGCUCAUUGGAUUUGUUGUUGCUGGAGUUCUAGGAGAAACUGCCUUGGAACUAUCUUCUCUACUCAAGGAUGCAAAAGUACCUUGGCAUCUGAUUGCAAUUGCAAUAUUCUUCACAUUGAUCAAACUGCCAGGCCCAUACUACCCAUUUUUGUUGCGCAUUUUUAUUCCACACUUUGCAAAUGGGGCAUUAUGGAGGACUUUAUGGUUGAUGUUUCUGUGGUAUAGAAGACCUAAAAUGGCUUCUAGAACUUCUAUGUAGCAGAGUUGAUCGAAGGAUACUGAAGAAUAAGCUGUGAUCUCAACAGUGGUAUUCAAGUGUUAGAUUUUCGCCUAUGCACACCAUUUAGCAGGGGUUUUCAGAAAUGGAAACAGCCUUGACCAUGAGAUUAAACAAGUCGGUCCCUGGGAUGUUUAGAGUGUGGACCUGACAACAAGAAUCAAAAUUCCUUCUUUUCUUGUUAAGAGACUAGGGAGCCAGCAGCCCAAAAUUGAGCUGGAUGCUUGGAUAUGUAAUAUCAUGACCCUUUUUCUUUUUUUCCCCGGUACAAGGGCCAGUUGCUUAUCUAAGCACUGAAUUGUCCCUUUUGUAAAAUGUAUCAGAAAUAACUCUUUCAUUUAUGUACCCUUUUUGUUCAUUUGG